CUUGCGUUGCCUCAGGCUGGGCCCGGGGGGUUUUCCUGCCGUUACCGCCGCGCCCUCCCUUUUCCCCUCGAGUUAACAACUCAUCUACCUCAGGGCAGCCUAAGAGGUUUCCUCUCCGCCUGAAAUAAGCAACGCAAGAGCCGGUCGAGGGAAGCGGGGCUUCCCACCUUUCUCUCGCUCUUUAUUUGGGAAGAGGCACGCUUGGCGAGGGCAGAAGUUGGCAACCCGCGCUUAACUCGCCGUUGGUGAAGGGAAGGCGUCGUCGUCGUCAGUGCGUUUUUCGUCCGGGGCUCGCCGGGAGGAACACAGCAGGGAAGAAGAAGCAUCGUGUGGGAAGAUGCACACGACCCAGAAGGAUACCACGUACACCAAGAUCUUCGUCGGGGGUCUGCCGUACCACACCACCGACUCCAGCCUGCGCAAGUACUUCGAGGUCUUCGGCGAGAUCGAGGAAGCCGUGGUCAUCACCGACAGGCAGACGGGCAAAUCGCGAGGAUAUGGCUUUGUGACGAUGGCUGACCGGGCUGCUGCUGAAAGGGCCUGCAAAGAUCCUAAUCCAAUAAUUGAUGGCAGAAAGGCCAACGUGAAUCUAGCUUAUUUAGGAGCAAAACCAAGGAUAAUGCAGCCAGGUUUUGCCUUUGGUGUUCAGCAGCUCCAUCCAGCAUUAAUACAGAGGCCUUUUGGGAUUCCUGCUCAUUAUGUCUAUCCACAGGCUUUUGUACAGCCAGGAGUAGUUAUUCCACAUGUCCAGCCUACAGCAGCUGCUGCCUCCACCACACCCUACCUUGACUACACUGGAGCUGCAUAUGCUCAGUAUUCAGCUGCUGCUGCCGCUGCUGCUGCUGCAGCCUAUGACCAGUAUCCCUAUGCAGCAUCCCCAGCUGCUGCAGGAUAUGUCACUGCUGGGGGUUAUGGCUAUGCAGUCCAGCAACCACUCACUGCAGCCGCGCCUGGGACAGCUGCAGCAGCUGCUGCUGCUUUUGGCCAGUACCAACCACAACAGCUCCAAACAGAUCGUAUGCAAUAGCAGAUGGACCUAUGAAGAAAGUCUUAUUCUUUCUAGAAUUUUACCUUCCAGCCUUCCAAUAGAAAUAGUUUUUAAAAGGCAAUUAACCUUAACUAAUCUAGCUUUAAGGAAAGCUGCAAUACAAUAUAGUAUUAUAAGAAAAACAAAUGCCACUGUUUUCAUACAGUAUGCAUCCACGGAUGCUAUGUUGGGGUGGGUAUUUUUAAGAGUUUCUAGUAUCAAUCCAUGUAUUCUCCUGUUGUGAAAGGAGGAAAGAAGUAACAAAAGAAGCUUAUAUCUCAAACACACAACAGACACACAUAAAACAGGAUGCAUUUUACAAUAUCAGGGAAAAGAGUCCAGGUGAGCAAUAUGUAGCCUGUAUCAAGUUGAAGAUUACUGUUAUUUAAAUAUUGAAAGCACUGACUAUCAUUUAACUACAUUUCUUGAUGGCUUGUAGAACUUUGUUUAAACUAGUAAGAACAUGUUUUCUGACAAUGUCAUAAAGGGCAUCAAACAAGCUAAGGAACGUGGCCUUUUGGGGUGGGGGGGAAGGGUGGGCAGGCACCAAAGUUAUUUUCUCAUCUGUCCUCUGUAUGAAUGGGACUAUGGAGCAAGUGGUGUGGAAUUAACGGGUGCAACAGCUGUACAGACAAUCAAUAACACAGUCCGUUCUGGAAAGAACACAUCACUUGUGCUCGUUUGAUGAGCUUGUCACAUUCUAAUCCCUCUCCCCAUCCUGUUUCACUUUUAGGAAACUUUGACUGCUGGUGUCAGCUAUUCUGAUUCUGAAAUAGGAUCAGCUUUUUACUACAACAGCCUUCUCUUUUUAUUUAUUGUAUCUAUUCAUGGCUUGCGAAUAAAGGCAGGAAGAAAUUUGCUGAAUUUAAACCUUUAAGAACUGUGCUAAGGGAAUUUUUUAAUCAAAUGAUUUGUAUACAAUUUAAUACCUAUUUAAAAUAUUUAUUUGCAAAAUAGGUUUUUUUCAUGAGAUUUGCGAAACAAGUCUUUUUCAGGAUUGUUGAGAUUGCAGUUCUUCAAGGGUUAAUGAUAUGUGGGUUAUAUUGUGCCUUAAUUGUAAUGCUAUUUAAAGAUAUAUUUAUUUUGAAAGUUGUUCUAUGCUGCGCUUUAAAGAAAACAACUUCAGAUGUGAAACUGUAAAAUUAUGUAUUCAUCUCAUGGUAUAAGUUAUUUAGAAGAUGUAGUAGUAGUAUGUGAAAUAUUAACCUAACCAACUAAAGAUGCUGACAUGGGUUUAUUUAAAUUCAGUAUACCUUUCUGCAAGGGUACUUUUAAAAAUAGGUUUUAAACUUGUUUUGAUCUUUAAAAUGCUAGUUUCAUUAUUUUCCCUCUAUUGCCUUGACCAAAACCUAUUUUCUUGAAAGAAACCUAUAUUCCUUUUUAGUGAAAUUUGCUUCUUUAGAAAUGGAAUUAGGAGAAGAUUGGGCCAUAACA